AGAUUAAAAAACAGGCAUGGAGAAGAAAAUUGGUAGAGUGACGCGGGAGGUCGUGCAUGUGGAGCACUGUAAGGGCGUAAACGGCCUAGACAAGGUCAUUUUGCGGGAGGUUCGUGGAUGUUCUGCUGAGGUGUAUCUGUAUGGUGGUCAGGUCACUUCUUGGAAGAAUGAAUAUGGCGAAGAGUUGCUGUUUCUUAGUAGUAAGGCGAUUUUUAAGCCUCCAAAGCCUAUCCGUGGAGGUAUCCCAAUCUGCUUUCCUCAAUUUGGGAGUCAGGGUUCUCUUGAACGGCAUGGAUUUGCACGGGACAGGUUUUGGAGUGUUGAUCCUGAUCCCCCACCUUUUCCAACAAAUAGUGCAAACAAGGCUUUCAUUGACUUAAUCCUUAAGCACUCUGAAGAAGAUGUGAAGGUUUGGCCUCACAGGUAUGAGUUUCGCAUAAGGAUAACUCUGGGACCCGGAGGAGAUUUGAUGUUGACAUCCCGUAUUCGAAACACAAACACUGACGGGAAGUCAUUUACGUUCACAUUUUCGUACCACACCUAUUUUUAUGUGACUGAUAUCAGUGAAGUGCGGGUAGAAGGGCUAGAGACAUUGGAUUAUCUUGAUAACCUGAAAGAUAAAGAGCGAUUUACUGAACAAGGGGAUGCAAUAACAUUUGAGUCGGAAGUGGACAAGAUAUAUCUCAGUACACCUACUAAAAUUGCUAUUUUGGAUCAUGAAAGGAAGAGAACCUUUGUCUUGCGGAAGGAUGGUCUUCCAGAUGCAGGUGAGUAA